AUGCAUACUUUUUUAGAACCACCAAGUGUACCUGUAAUAGUUGGCCUACAAGACAUAGAAAGUUGCACUGACUGUGUUGUUGGUGAGGAUAAUGAGAUGUUCAAACUUACCUGUGAGAUACACGGUGGCACCCGUCCUCUAAUUGUUACCAUGACAAUAGGAAAUGAAUCAUAUAUACCUGUAGAAUGGAAUUCAACAACUUAUAUGGUACUUUUUACGGUUAGAGACCACCAUCAUAUGGAAAAUGUGAUAUUUUCAGUCAUGAACGAUGCAUUGUCGUCACCAUUAAAUGUUACUGCUCAGAUGUUUGUUAUAAAACCGCCAACGUUUCAAUUUUCGGUCCCGGAAGUUCUAAGAGACGGAGAAGCUGUUAACAUCACAUGUACGAUUGAUGAUGGAGGACCUAAUCCGAAUGUGUAUUUUAGUAUUUCCGGUUCAGAAGUAUCGUCUGCAAACUCACAUUAUUAUAAUUCGACUACAUCUUUAAAUACCAACAUUAUCACUUUUACCACAUUCAAAAAAGAAUGGAACAAAGAAAACAUCACGUGCUGUCGAUAUAACGAAUGGUACAAAAUUGUGCGGGACUGUUCACCACCAAAACAAAUUAACUAUCUUUUUCCUCCAACGGAUGUGAUGUUAGAAGUCAAAGGUGAUGAGGACAGUCAAAUGUAUGCUACUUGCACUGUGUAUGGCUCGAAUCCAGUCUGCAACGUUCAGUUUAAAGCUCCAAGAGGUAUUAUCGGAUCAGAAAAGUCUUCAGAGAAUAAAAGUCUACCCCAUGGUGCUUGGAAUUAUGUGUAUGAAGUAAACUUAAAUGUCCGUGAAGAAAACAAUGGUAAAGAUGUAACGUGUAUGGUUGAGUGUGACGAGUUUUCUGUUGACCUUACAGACACUGUCAAAAUACUUCUGCCUUUCCCUCCAGUUAUAAAGUUCAAUAUAUCUGGAUCGACAUUGAAUAUUUCUGAAGGAGAGCGGGCACAUGUAAAAUGUGAAGCUGAAAGCGUUCCUGCCUCCAAUAUAUCAUGGAUUGAAGAGUUAAGUAAUGGAAACAUAAGGAAGAAGCAAUGUGACUUGUCACCAAACUGCGUAUUAAAUAUUGAUACUGAUGAAGUUUCAAACAGACGUUUUAUGUGCCAAGUUCACUAUAAGACAAAAGUUGAUCAAAAAUAUUUGACUGUACACAUAAUAGAGAAAGCCGAGAAAGACAGUAAAUACAAUGAUAAACAGAAACAUACUGGCCAAGCUACGGACAAGUCCAUAAUUUGGAUAAUACUGGGUGCAUGUGUACUUGUGGCCGGUAUCGUUGUUAUAGCGGUCUUGUUUGUUGUCAUCAGGAAAAAACGCCUAAAUUCUACAGAAUAGAGGGGAAAAAGCCGGGUAGAUUAUCACAAGCAUGCGGAUGAUAUAGUAUUUUCUAAACAAAACCCGGAGGUUCGGCCUUUGGGAAACCUUAGUCAGAAUGCGCAUGCUCUUGAGAACGAGGCUGAAGUACCUGCAUAUUCUCAACCAGUUAAA